AUGCAUAAUGACGCAUCUCAUCGCUUUCAACAUGAACAAGCUCAUGAAAACGUAAAUAAUGAAUACGAUAACGAGAAACCUGUCAUUACCUUAGAGCCACAGGAUGAUGUUUUUGAAGAUAGUCUUUUACAAGAAGACACUUGUUAUAUUGUCGAUAAUAAAUUAAUUAAUAACAAUGUACUCACCAAAGAUAUUCAAGAAAAUUGGAAUGAUAUUAUUAAUACUAUAGAAAGAUUUUUGGCAUCUGCUUCCACUUCAUCUUCAGUUUCUAUCCCUACUUCGGAUUCAGAUGAUCAAGAUACUGAGCGUGAUGUUCAGGCAGAAAGAGUAAAACAAUAUCUAGCUAAUAUCAUGAAAAAUGUGAAUAUGCUAAAAGAUUGCGCCAUAGAUGGUAACACAAAAGCAUGCCUUGCAACUGAUGAAGAUCUUUCAUUAAAAGAUAAUGAUCGACGAUGCAUAAAAUUGUCAAUGGAUUUGCCGGUAUUCGCCUCAAACUUGUGGAAAAUGUGGAUUACAAGUGUUCCUGCCCAAUUGGGUAAUGUUGACACCGAGAUUGAUAAAGUGAAAGUCUUACCCAAGAAGAAACGAAAAAAUAAAAAUUUUAUGCAAUGCACUAAUGAUUAA